AAAGUUGUAUGCGUUGAAUUUCUAUAGUCAGUAUGUACACGUAGUAUAUUUGAGUACGCGUGUACCGGUGAUUACGUGGGAUUGAAUGCACGGCAUAAUUUAUAACCACGCAGUGUCAAGGACUAAACUGACCACGGAUCGUAGUCACUACCGUCAAUUAUAUCGGCGAUAUCGUGUAUCCCUUAGAAACAAACUCUUCGCCAGAUAAUUACAUAAUCGUUUGAUCUUGGUCUUUGACCCCCGCUAAAACCUGUCCACGUGCCACUUUAACACGUAAAACGUGAGCAUCAUUUAAUGUGCAGCAUUUUACGUCUGUUGAACGGAAUAUCUGUAACGUUGCCAAUUCGAACGAGAAUAUUACAUGUGUCGAUAAAAAAGACCCUCGUCGACGCUGUCAAAAGGCGAGAAUGAAGGAAGAGGCGAAUGAAGUAUUGGACAAGGAACAGUGGAAAAUCGAGGCUCAAGCAAUUAUCGAUGACGUGAAGCACCAUGUAACGGACAUAAAAGUAUCGGAGAAAUUGCAAAACAACCAAUUCUUGUAUUUGAAUUUAACCACCUUAGAGGGAUUGAAGUUUUGCAUAGAAUUGUCGAGUGCCGGUUUCGCCGUCGUUGGUAAUGACCAUGACGAUAGAUCACAAAAAAGCGACGAACACUUCGAAACACCUUACAGCUUGCUAGAUUUCGUUAGCCCUCAAUAUAGAAAUUCCUUUAGCAGAUCACUUGUUGAUAAGCUUAAAAAAUUAAGUGACAACCAGUGAGUAAGUUUCGGUUACUUCGUACUUUUGUGAAAAUAGUUUUCAUUUCGUGCUACGACAAUAGACUCUCAAUAUCGGACAUAGUUUAUAAUAAAGUGGCGAACAUGUGUGGUUGAGUACAUAUAUCUUUCAGAAUCAUGCAUUUGAAAUCCAAAAUAAAUCAUGAUUCUCAACAAAUGCGUCUUCUCUUUGCGCAGUGUUCGUUUAAUCCGAAUCUAGCCGAAGAUACCCGAGCGCACCGUGAUUUGCAAGGACAGUAUCGUAUUGGAUACACGGUCACAAAUGUUUCCAAGUUUUUAUGUGGUUUGACAUAAAACUAUAUUCCUCAAUAGUUUUGUGUAUAACAUCAAACAAAUCUUUUAAUGAUCGCGUAAAAUAUGUAAUUGGCAAAUUCAGUGUGAAUCCUGCAUUCGGAUAGUUGUGUGGUAUUGAUAUUACUCAAAAGAACUUAUGGUAUUUUGUGACAGUACACGAUAGAUACGGUAGUGCGAUACCGACGAAUCAUGUUUCCCUAGGAAAUAUCCCUAGGAAUCGAAAGAUCACUCUGUGCAAGUGGUAAUAUCGGUUGUAUUUACCCCCACCUCUACGUUCGUUGCUCUGUGUGCCGUUUGGCGUAUUCCACUGUCGGAGUUGUGAAGCAACGAAGCGGUUUCGUCAAAUGUGUCGCAUUAUGUGUGCGUUUCGUGCUGUUUCUGAAUGAGUUUAUCAUCGAUUAAGUGUCUAAGGACGACACAGUGCGUUCCAUUUGAUAAUAUCGCUGCGGGUAGUGUGAGUAUGUCGAACGGUGAACGAUGACACGCCCGUGAAAAAAACGAUAACAACGGCGGUGUAUCCUUUGAUUGACCAGAAAGGCCCAGAGGCAACUCAGUACGCGAAGGACCAUCUUUGUAUAUUUCUGUGUGAUUACAUUAAACAAAACAUGCUUCAACCGAGAACCGCGUGCAUCAGACGGUAAAGAAG